AUGGGUGGUGUUACCGUCAAGGACAUUGAGUCUCACAAGUUCGUACAAGCCUAUGCGGCGUGCUGGGUUGACACUGUCAAGACGAGCCACUCCAACGAGCUCCCUCCCCAGGACAUUGACUGGUUCUACGUCCGCGCCGCUGCCGUCGCCCGUCACGUCUAUAUGCGCAAGACCGUCGGUAUCGGCCGUCUCCGCAAGGUCCACGGCUCCACCAAGAACCGCGGCUCCCGCCCCUCUCACCACGUCGACGCUUCCGGUUCCGUCGACCGCAAGGUCAUGCAGGCGCUUGAGAAGAUCGGUGUCGUUGAGCACGACGAGGACAAGGGUGGCCGCCGCAUCACACAAUCCGGCCAGCGUGACUUGGACCGUAUUGCGCAAACCACCCUCGAGGCUGAGGAGGAGGAGGAUGACGAGUAGACGCGUUCACGACUUAGACGAUGUCGCGGACAAAAUAAGCUUUUUGUUCCCCUCUUGUACUUGAGUGGGGGGACGGGCUUUUCUUUCGCAUCUGAAACACGGUUUUACGGCUUAUGGGCGUUGAAGAUGGAAACUGUGCUGGGCCGGACGGUAGCCUAGGACAUUGCAAUGACACUGGGCUUGGGCCUAAAAAGCAACAUGAUACCCCUC